GUUUGUACGAUACAAAGUUUGACAAGUACAGAGUAAUAUCAUAACUCUUAUCUCCCACACAAACACAAAAAGAAAUUGAAAAGGAAGGAAUCUCAAUAUAUACCAAAAAGCCUCUUCGAACAUUCUUAUUCUUCUCCCAAAUAACACAUAAGAGACCCAAGAACAAAGAAAGCAUGGAUCACGAUCACAUGCCUCCACCACCACCACCACCAUCAUCCAUGAUGAACAAUGGAUCCAUGAAAAGAGGAGGAAAUCAAGAGAUGAUGAUGAUGCACAUGACUUUCUAUUGGGGCAAGAAUACGGAGGUUCUCUUCUCCGGUUGGCCGGGAACAAGCUCCGGCAUGUAUGCACUUUGUCUCAUAUUUGUCUUUUUCCUCGCCUUCCUCACCGAAUGUCUUGGUCACUCCCCUUUCCUCCGUGGCACCACCGGAGAUUCAGCUAAUGCCGCAUCCGGACUCGUCCAAACAGUCGUGUACACCCUACGUACCGGCAUCUCUUAUCUAGUAAUGCUCGCCGUCAUGUCAUUCAACGCUGGCGUGUUUAUCGCCGCCCUCGCCGGUUAUGCCAUCGGUUUCAUGUUGUUCGGAAGCCGAACUUUCCGGAAUCCCUCUGGUGACAGGGAAACUUACGAGAUUCCUCCCCCAGUUUGUGCUUGUUGAUUGUGAUAUAUGCAUAUAGAUUGAUCCAUACUUGUAUUUCUAACUAGAGAUGUAGGGGUUGUAGUUUUCUUGGAUUGUUUUGUCACAAAACUUUUGUGGGUUGGGUUGUUCUUGAGGUUCAUGUAUGUGUUAGUGUGAGGAGGAAUUUUUUAUUUUUUGCCU